AUGGAAUGCUCAGACGAUGAGGCGAAUCCUCAGGAAAGUGCGGCCGAUAGUCAAGCAUCCAGUCAUUCAUCUGAUCUAGUUGUUCGCCCUAAGAAUCCGGUUACCACCAAGAAUCAUCACCAGUCGCCAAAAUCCGCCCUGCCACUCGAUGACCUUCCAACCACUGAACAAGCAAAAAGCGCCCCACUUGGGUCCAAAUUGACUAGUAUCAGCACAUCAAGCCCAGCCACUAGUGGUGACCCGUCAGACGAUUCAGCAGCUCCCCGAACCGACAAGACUCUUGAGUUGCCAUCCGACUCUCCGGCCGUCCAACAUCGUACCUCUCAGCCCCCUCCUUCCACCAAUGUGCCUCCAAAGCAGGCCACAACUGAUCGUGAAAGGGUUGAAGAGACCCUUGAGUUGUCCUCCAACUUGACGGCCGUCCAAGAUCGUACCUCUCAGCCCCCUCCUUCCACCAAUUUGCCUCCAAAGCAGGCGACGACACCUACUGACCAACAAAGUCAAGAAAAAUCUGCUAAUCCAGGCACAUCCGGUGCUGAUUUGGCAACUCAGCAAACUGAUGAGACCCCCGAUCUUCUGGACGACUCUUCUGAGGCCACAACAGUCUCCACUUCUCCAAAGGAUCUCAGUGCAUCAUUACCAGCCUCAAGACCUGAUGUCGAAUUAUUGAAAUCGGCCAACAUUGGCACAUCCGGUGCUGAUUCGGCAACUCAGAGAGCUGACGAUACCCUCGACCUGCCCCUCAACCCCUCGGGAGCCACAACAGUCACCAAUGCUCAAAACGCUUCCAGUGAUGAGACCCCCGAUCUCCCCAACAGCGCGUCCAAGGCCACAACAGUCUCCGAUUACUCAAAGGCUUCCAGUGCACCAUUACCCGCCCCAAGACCUGACGUCGAAUUAUCAAAAUCAGCCAACGGUGGCUUAUCCAGUGUGGGUUCCGCAACUCAGAGAGCUGAUGAGACCCUCAACCCCUCGGAGGCCACAACAGCCACCAAUUCUCAAAGUUCUUCCAGUGCACCCGGCACAUCCGGUGCUGAUGAGACCCUCGACCUGCCCCCCAACCCCUCGGGGGCCACACCAGCCAACUCGUCAGAGGCCACAACAGCCAACAAAUCCCAAAAUGCUUCGAGUGCCUCAUCACAAAUUCAAAGGACUGAAUUGCCACAGGAGAGCUCUUGCACCACGUCCAACCACACCACUGCAUCUAAAGAGCAACCUGGAAGCACAGAUGAACGGUCAACCACUCCAGCUUCAGAGCCCCCUCACGAUAUCGAUCACAACGCAGAUCAAGAGCCUCCACCGCCAUAUGAAGACCUUCCAUCUCAUAGCCGCACCCCUCGCAAAGCUGCCAUUGACUCAAGGAAACGAAACUCUGGCGCAUCCGCUGGGCCGUCUUCGUCCAAGCCCCGAAAGCGCAAAAAAACAUCAAAGACAGAUGAAAACCCGCCAGAAGGUACUGAUUCGGAGGCUGAGUCCAACUUUGAGAUAUUGGAGGGCCCAAUAAAUUUAACCCGGUUGAUACGGCCCACAUCAUUGAAGAACGGAUCUGAUAUGGAAGACAUUCUUGAAGACAUCAAGAGCAAUGGGACUGAUGCUGCUGUGCACAUGUAUGCCAUGUUUGGGGACAUUAUCGACGUCAAUCGCCUCCACCGUUGCUUGAAACCAGGAACACAUCAGACAGCCAGUCUUGCAACACCCCAAGACCCAAACUUGCCAUCUGUACUCGCAAGUCCGCUCAACUUUGGUCAGAACAUGCUCCAGACAUUCACAAGAGGAGUUUUCUGGAUAUCAUCGACUCCUGAUCUAUAG